AUGCAUCUGGCCGGAAGAGCGAACCUUUACACUCUAUUUGCUUUUGUUCUCUUUGCAUCACUCAUUGGCCGGUCCAACGCGUCAUUGGGUGACCAUCUGCCUGACUUCAAAGAAUGUGUCCAGGUCUGUAAAACGGAAAAUUGUCAGAGUGGCAACUCAGUGCUACCUCUGCACCACCGCUUGCUACUAUGGACCUGCCCUGCCGAAUGUGACUAUACCUGCCAACAUGUCGUUACCGACCGUCGAGUCUCGCGUGACCCCCCGAUGAUCAACCCGGUUGUUCAAUUCCAUGGAAAAUGGCCGUUCCGUCGACUCCUGGGCAUGCAGGAGCCCUUCUCAGUGCUCUUCUCCUUCCUCAACUUCGCCGCGCACUGGCACGGCAUGUCUCGCAUCCAGGAGUCGAUCCCCGCCUGGCACUCCCUGCGCCAAUACUACAUGGUGUUUGGAUAUAUUGGGCUUGCUAGCUGGAGUUUCAGCAUGAUCUUCCACAUGCGUGACUUCCCCUUGACUGAGAAGCUGGACUACUGGGGCGCCGGCGCCAAUGUUCUGUACGGUCUCUAUCUGGCCGUGGUUCGAAUCUUCCGACUGGAUCUCGAAAACACCCAAUACCGCCCCACACUGCGUCGCUUCUGGACUGCCAUCUGUCUUGUUCUCUACACAUUGCACGUUGGAUACCUCAGCUUCUGGUCUUGGAAUUACACUUACAAUAUGGCGGCGAACGUGGUGGUUGGAAUUAUCCAGAAUCUUAUGUGGACUGGAUUCAGUAUCUUCCGAUACCAGAAGUAUCUGAAGUCCUGGACUGCUUGGCCCGGUAUGAUAGUCGCGUGGAUCAUCCUUGCCAUGAGCUUGGAGUUGCUUGAUUUUCCCCCUUGGAACGGAUUGAUUGAUGCCCACAGCCUGUGGCAUCUGGGCACUGUGAUACCCACUGCUUGGUGGUACUCGUUCUUGAUCAAGGACGCACAAGAUGAUAUUGCGGCGCAUAGACUGAAGGCAUAG